UUUUCGUCCUUUCCAACACUUAUUUCUAUUUUGGUCAAGUCGCUCCAAAAUGAAUUCGAGUUUCCAGGACCUGUAUAAAAAGGGUCUGGAUCCUGGCGAGCAUCAAAAGCAGCGCCAGAGAGAGCUCUUAAAGCAGCAUAAGCUGCGCCGUCAGCAGGAUCUGGACGAAAAGCGCCCCCUCCAGAAAAAUACAAAAACGCCGGCAGAGAGGAAGAACAAGAAACGUAGUGGCCACCAAAAAGGAAUUCCCUAUAGACCGCAACUUUCCGAAUGGCUGCGUCACAAGCCUGAGGACCUCGGCGAGUGGGUUCUAGUUCCUUGUCCCGUUGGGAAAAGAUGCCUUGUGGUGGCCAGCAGGGGAAUAACUCGAGCUUACUCUAAAAACGGCUGGAUGUUCAUGAAUUGGAGGUCUUCCUUGCCAGGGGAUUGUCAAAUGCAAAAGUGCGAGACUGUUCUAGACUGCGUCUACGUGGAGGAAGCGGAUACCUUCUACGUACUGGAUGCCAUCUCAUUUGGGCAGCAGGACUUGCAGGAUUGCGAGGCGUCCUUCCGUUUCUUUUGGCUACGCGCUCGCUUUGAAGAGAACGAUUUUGCCCAGAUUAAAGCGCUGCAUGAGAAGUCACUUGUGCUCCUGGACCACUACGACUUUGAGGACACCUCUGCCGUUGAGCAGGCUUUGCAAAAGUACCCAGUUUUUCCGGAAAACAAGCCAGACUUAGAUGGAUUUUUAUUCUACCAUAAAGAAGCCAGUUAUGUGUGCCAAGUUACUCCUUUGGUUUGCUGGCUGUUCGCUUUUAUGAUGCCAGAUGUGCUCGGUUUGGCGGUCAGUAAAAGUUACUCGACUCCCGAGGAUUAUCAGUCCAGCCAGCCUCUUCAAUAUAUGGACGACUUUGACCGGAAACUAGAAGAACGAAAGAAGCAGUUCAAAAAGCAAAAGAAGGCAUCCAAAGAAAAUGAGAGGCAGCAGAACCUCAUGGAAGCGGAAGAGGAAGCAGAAAGCGAUGAGUACGCCAGCUUAAAAGGAGUCCUCGAUCACCAGCGGCGACUGGAGCUCGGGGAGUUCGAAAUGGACUGUGCGGAACCGCCGACAGCUGACUGCUGUUAGGCGGAC